GAAAACCACUGUGUUUUUAUCAUUUAAACUCUAAAAAAAACCAACCCAGUGUUUGUCUCAAUACAAUUCUUCUGUUAUCUGAUUUUACUCUUGGAAAUUGAAACCACUUCAUCUACGCUGGAAUGAAAUCUCCGUUUGAGGUAAAGGAGAAACAGGAUUAAGUUCAUCUGCAUCAUUUUAGACUCAAAAUUAAAGGACAUAACAUGUCUUAAAUCCAGUACUGAUUAUCUUAAAAGUUUAAAGUUUGGUGCAAAAUGGAUUCAUAAUAAACGUCGAUUUAAUCCGGAUUAAAGGUUAAUCCUGGUGCAGUCAGAGUCCCAGUUACAGCGUCUUACCUUUCUGCAUGUGACUGUGAGACGUGCGUGAUGUGUUUACCUUUACACACACACCCAUACACACACACACACACGCAUUUUACUUAAACUUUAUAGUCAACAAAGACAUAUAUUUCUGUCUAUAUCCCUGCCUCUCUUUAUAUACCUGUCUGUCUGUAUACCUGUCUGUCUGUAUACCUGUCUGUCUGUAUACCUGUCUGUCUGUUUAUUUGCAUGUCAGUCAUGUGGAUAUCGUACCUGCUGAAAGCCCUUCUCCAACAGUUCUCUCCUGGUGAAGUAAAAGGAACCGUUCUCACAGAUCUCUCCUGGCCAGUCCUGAUGGCGUGGCCUCCUGGAGGUGUCCAGGUUCAGAGGAACAGGGUUCUUACCUUCUAGAACAGGAUUAUAAACACAGAGGCAGCAUGUGCCCUUAAAGCUCUGGCCAAAACUGCUGCUAAGGCCCCCUGCUUCACACGUUUCCAGUCCAGACGGAUAUUAACCCUUAGAGCUGUGCAGUGGUUUGUAUUAGAUCAUGUAGCCUGUAUGAGAGAUGAAUUUUAUGUUGAACUGAAAUGAUUUGGGUCUGAUAAAUACUCAUGCUGCACACGAAAAUGACAUCGGAUUCCAUAAAGCCAACAACUUACCAAUUAAUAUGUCAUUAAUUAAUACUGCACAUAAAUAAUUAGGCGAAUCUUACACGUGGCUACAAGUUCAAGUGUCUUUAUUAUCAUUGGAACCGUAUACCGCUGGUGCAGUACACCGUGAAAUGAAACAGCGUUCCAGCACGAGACAGUACAACAACUACGAUUCAGGACAAGUGUUGCUUAGAAUUGCUUUCGUUUACAAAAGCAGAAGGAAGUACAGCACCAGCAGAAACGCUGACCCCUGAACAGACACCGCGGCAUCAGGACAGUGCAGUGGAAUGAGAAGGAAGUACAGCACCAGCAGAAACGCCGACCCCUGAACAGACAUCGCGGCAUCAGGACAGUGCAGUGGAAUGAGGUCGGUCUAGAUUUUAUCAGCUUCAUCAGAGCUAACAAUAAUAUACCAGUAAUUAUGUUCUCUGGCACGGCUGUAGAUUUUUAUAAAGGGUUUGUUCAUUAUGCUUCGUUCAUUCAUUCAGCUUUGAAGCACGAGGUUCGUCUGCAAAGCCAGAUUAUGCUCUUCCUUUCUGAAUCAGAGUGAAGGAAAUGGGCUUUCACUGAGAAGCUCAGGGUUACUGAGUGCAUCGGUGUAGUCAAGUCAAAGGAGCUCUUUUGUGUGUGUGUGUGUGUGUGCACUUGGUGUCUUUUAGAAGAAUGGUUUUUAUGAUUCUGAAAGAUGGUGUUGAGGAACUGAACCUAGUGUUUAAAUUCAGUGUAGAAGGCUAUGGCUACAGCAUUUUUGUAUCUACAGACACAGACAUAAAAUGUUUUAAAUGUGGCAAAAUAGGACAUCUUGUCCAGGCCUGUCCUGAGAGACAGAGUGACCCUGGUGUUUCUGAGCGACCGGGGCAGGAAGUAGCUGGGCCUUCUGGAGCCGUUCCCCCUGCGGCUGCAGCUCAGCCCGCUGCUGAAAGCCCCGGAGUUGCUACUGCACCAGAGCCUAGUGAGAGCGAACCCCAAUCUCAGCCUGUAGCCCAGGAACCCACAAAGGAUAUACCAACCCCAGAGAAGCCCUGCUUGACUGAAGUGGCUCCAGAGAAGUCCUGCUUGCCUGAACUAGAGAAUCCUUGUCUGACUGACAAAGACGCGGUGGAUUCUGGUGCAGAGCUGGAGAUACCUGCGCUGGCAGAGGCAGGUACAGGGGUGCAGAGCAGUCGCUCAGAAGCACCAGUCACUACGCCGGGGGAUGGGGGAGACGUGGAGAUGGAGGACGAACCCAUGUUUAAAGUACCGAACAAGCGGAAGAAACGAGGUAAGGGACAAGGGAGCAAACAGGCCAAAAGAGACACUAAAAUAGACGAAAAAGAAACAGACAGUGAUGAUUACAUGUCAGAUUCUGUUUUUAACUUUGGCUCUCAGGAAGAAAAGCGAGAAGUUGUAUACCGUGCUGAGAGCAUUAAGGAGUUCUUACGGAAUACCAAAUGGCAAAAGAACAUUGUAGUAGAAGAACAUUUCCCAGAUUUGAAGCAGUUUAUCCAUGAUGUCAAACAUUUUAGAAGGCAAGGAGCUUUUAUUGACACUGAGAUCUAUCGUCUGAAGAAAUUCAUUACUAAAGUCAGCAGAGAAACUUCUGAUGAUGACCAGUAGAGUGUUUGGUGUGUUUUAUAUUAAAAUGGGUUUUAUCAUCUGCUUGUUUUAUCUACACCUUGUUCUUAUGACUGGGAUUCGUAUUGCAAGUUUAAACAUUAACGGGGCAAGAGAACAUGAAAAACGUGUAAAACUGUAUGAGUUACUAACGCAGAAGCGUAUUGAUGUAGCGAUGUUGCAGGAAACACAUAGUAAUGUCAAUAAUGCUACUAGCUGGAUGAAGGAGUGGGUGGGCUGGCAAUUUUAAGUCACAAUACAUCAGUUAGUGGUGGGGUUGCCCUACUGUUUGCUCGCAAUUUUACUCCCAGUUCUUAUACAGUAGUUGAGGUUUUAAAUGGGAGGCUUUUAAAAGUAAGAGCUAUCUAUGAGAAUGAGAGCUUUGUUUUUAUUUGUGUGUACGCUCCCACCAGUGCAGUGGAGAGAAUGGUUUUCUUAGAUAAACUAGACAAUGUCAUUGCUGACUGCAACACUGCCGAUACCUUAAUUCUGGGUGGGGAUUUUAACUGCACAACAGACGACUUGGACAGGAACCACACAGAACCUCAUGUAGCCUCCCGUAAGCGCCUGUGGGAGAUGAUGGAGGCUCACGAACUGAUUGAUAUUUGGAGAAAUUUAAAUAGAAACCAGAAGCAGUACACGUGGGCCCACUCCAUAGACAACACACUCUCCCUGGCAAGACUAGAUCGCUUUUAUGGUUUUAAACAUCAGCUGACACUUUUUACUAAAUGUUUUAUUGUUCCAGUAGGCCUCUCUGAUCACAGUAUGGUGCAGUGUAUUGUCAGUAAAGAAAAUGUAAAGCCAAAAAGUGCAUACUGGCAUUUUAACACUGCACUUUUAGAGGAUACUAAUUUUAGAGAAUCUUUUAUUUAUUUCUGGAAUGUUUUUAAAUAUGAAAAGAUGGCUUUUAGUUCUAUACAACAGUGGUGGGAUGUGGCCAAAGCUCAAAUUAAGGCAUUUUGUCAACAGUACACUCUUAAUGUCACGAGAGACAUUGUCAGAUCUCUGAAAGCUUUGGAGACUGGAAUAGUGGAACUCCAGUGUUUGGAGACCACAGGAGAUCGAGGGCAGGUUGAAGCCCUCAAAAGUAAAAAAGCUAUAAUGAAUGACCUGUUGGGCAUCACAGCACAGGGGGCGCUGGUCCGCUCACGCUUUAAAAGCAUGAAUGAGAUGGAUGCUCCUUCUACGUUCUUUUUUGGUCUAGAGCAGAAGAAUGGACAGAAAAGAUUCAUACAUGCUGUGCGAACAGAAUCAGGAGAUCUUCUGUCAGAUCCCGCUGAAAUUCGCAAGCAGACAGUUAGCUUCUACUCGAAGCUGUACAGCAGUGAGCAGUCAGGGGCACAGACAGUAGAAGAGAGCUUCCUUAAAGACCUGCCAAAACUCUCAGAGCAUGUGGCCAGCGAUCUAGACAUGGAGCUAACUCUAGCAGAGCUCCAUGAAGCUCUCCAAGGGAUGGAGAAUGGAAGGGCGCCAGGCAUAGACGGUCUCCCUGUAGAAUUCUACAAAGCCUUCUGGACAGUUAUAGGGCAGGAUGUGCUAGAAGUGUUGCUAGGCAGUGUGAAGGGAGGUGAGCUCCCAUUGAGCUGCAGGAGAGCCGUCCUGACCCUCCUGCCCAAAAAGGGAGACCUGACGCAUUUGAAGAACUGGCGCCCGGUCUCACUGUUGUGCACUGACUACAAACUGCUCUCAAAAGCGCUAGCUUCAAGACUGACUAAGGUAAUGGAGCAAAUCACUCAUCUUGACCAGACGUACUGUGUACCCGGCAGGUCUAUACUUGAUAAUAUACAUUUAAUUCGUGACAUUUUGGACGUCUCCAGGCUAUUGGGAUUAAAGACUGGCCUUAUUUUUCUAGACCAGGAAAAGGCUUUUGACCGGGUUGAACAUGAAUACUUGUGGAAGGUGCUGGAAACCUUUGGUUUCAACCCAGGUUUCAUAGCCAUGAUCAAGACCUUGUACAGUGAAAUUGAGAGUGUACUGAAGGUUAAUGGUGGUUUGUGUGCCCCUUUUAGAGUCUACAGAGGUAUUAGGCAAGGCUGUUCUCUGUCAGGCAUGCUGUAUACCCUAGAGUUUGAACCUCUUUUAUGUAAACUGAGAAAUCAACUUUCUGGUUUUAAGAUAUCUCAAUCCAGCGCUUCUCUGUGUCUCUCAGCAUAUGCAGAUGACUUAGUCGUAAUGCUGGGAACACAAACUGAUGUGACUAUUUUAAUUGAUGUUUUAAAAGAUUUUGAGAUUUUAUCUUCUGCCAAGGUCAAGUGGGUCAAAAGUGAAGCCAUUUUAGUUGGAGAGUGGGGUGGUGGGCAGCCCACAUUACCAGCUGGUUUGGCGUGGAAAGAGGGUGGUUUUAAGUACUUGGGUGUUUAUCUAGGCAGCACUGAGUUUUUAAAUAAAAAUUGGGAAGAUGUUGUUGAAAAGAUAAAGGGCAGGUUGAACAGGUGGAAGUGGUUGGUCCCAAAAAUGUCUUACAGGGGACGCACGCUGGUCAUCAACAACCUGGCAGCAUCAACCCUGUGGCACAAGCUGGCAUGUGUGGAUCCGCCACCAAACCUGCUCUCGAACAUCCAGGCCCUGCUAGUGGACUUCUUCUGGGACAAACUACACUGGAUCCCUCAAAGUGUCCUUCACCUGCCCAAGGAGGAGGGGGGGCAGGGGCUGAUCCAUAUAGCCAGCAGAACUGCGACUUUCCGACUCCAGUUCAUCCAGAGACUCCUCACUGGACCUGAGAGAUUGGUAUGGAGAGCAGCAGCUUAUAGGCUGUUACACACAGUAGGAGGACUGGGAUUAGACAGAACGUUGUUUUUAAUGGACACAAAAACACUAGACCUUGCUGGAUUACCAGUUUUUUAUAGUGGGCUUUUUAAAAUAUGGACUUUUUUUAAAAAACAAAUCAAGGGGUGCAGAACACCAUACUGGCUGCUGGAGGAACCCCUGGUGAAUGGUGGGAGAUUAGAUAUCUCUGGUGUGACCACCCCAUCAUUAUCCAGAGUUCUGGUCUCAUCGGGGAUUGUGACACUCCGGCAGCUGGUGAACAUCGCAGGAACGGACCUGUCACGGGCUGAGGACUUAGCAGCGAGCCUGGGACUACGGUCGCUGCGUAUUGUGAACAAGCUCCUACAUUGCUGGAGGUCCACCCUAACGUCAGAGGAGCGUGCUCAGCUGAUGAACAAUGAAACAAGCAAGACUGGACCUAUAGAAGAGGAACCUUUUCCGCAGCUGGGCAUCGCUCCAGAUCUAGAUGGGUGUGGUGGCCCCCUCCUGGAGUUCAACAGUGACAUGAACAUUGAGACAGUGACCGGCAAGCUCCUGUACAAAGCCUGCGUGAAAGUUUUAAAUAAGAAGAAGCUGAAUGGGAGAGUGGACACCCCAUGGCGAGUUGUACUGGGUUUUAAUGAUGUUAAACCGGAGUGGAGGGCACUUUACAAACCACCCUUAACUAAAAAAUGUGCUGACCUCCAAUGGAGGAUUUUAUAUGGAAUUGUUUCUGUGAAUUCUUUUAUCUCCAUUUUAAACCCUGAGGUCACACAGGAAUGUCCAUUCUGUUCACAGAGAGAGACUGUUUUUCAUGCGUUUAUACAUUGCUCCAGGUUGCAGCCAUUGUUUGUGUUUUUAAAAAACAACCUGAGGUCAUUUUAUGUGGAUUUUACUUUUCAGAUUUUUAUCUUUGGUUUUAAAUACGUCAGAAAGAACAGGUUUAAGUGUCAGCUGAUCAAUUUUAUCUUUGGUCAAGCAAAAAUGUCGAUAUACCUGAGCAGGAAAAACAAAGUGGCACAGAACACAGACUGCGAUGCCAGAAAAAUUCUCUCUAGAUUGAUCAAAUCACGGAUUCUGAUCGAUUUUAACUUUUACAAUAGUAUGGGAGACGUGGAGAUGUUCAAGGCGGUGUGGUGCUGCGAGGAGGCUCUGUGUUCUGUAGUGGAGGGAGAACUUUGUUUUACACCUGCAUUAGGCUGAUAACGUUCUUAACGACUAGCCUUUUGUUGUGCUGAUUUAUUUUAUUUACCUAAUUUAUAACCUGUAUAUUUAUGUUUUUUUAAUGCUCUCUAAAUAUUUAUUUAUUUUUUAUAUUGAGUCACAUUUGACUUUAAUGUGUAUAAUGUGACCUUUUGUUAAAAAUAAAAGAUUGUAAAAGUCAAGUCUCUCUUCUCUCCUCUCUCUUCUCUCCUCUCUCUUCUCUCCUCUCUCUCUCCUCUACGCUUGUGUUGGGUAUCGGCCCGUAUGAGCUUGUUAGUGUACGAUGUCGCUCUAACGAACAGAAGACCACAAUUUUUAUAUGCCGCGCACGUCAUUACAUUCACUGCCGACAGAACACCGACACUUACUGAAGAUGAAGGACUGAAGGAACAGAAUAUUUCAGUAGAACUCGAUCCCUACAUUAUUAAUUCAUUACGUAUGUGUUGGUCAGUUUUUGGCUUUAAGGAAUCAGAUCAAUUCAGUACAUAUCGCAUCACAGGGCCGUGCUGCACCAAAAUCAUGUUCCCAAAUCAAGAGUCGCUCAUCUAAGUUUUACUAUGAUUAGAA